AAAGUCUAUGACAAUAUCCUGCCCGCCUUAGAAGCAGCUGACUAACAUUGUGCUGCUAUUUAGCCUAAAAGUACACCCGGAUGUUUCUCUCCAUGUGACUCUCUCAGUUUCACUUCUUCUGAUACAUAUGAAUUAUUCAGAUUUUUAGUACCCAGAUGUAUAACUUUACAAUGCGGUUGGUAUGUAUUAUUUAUCCACAAUGAAUGCGAUCGUCUUCCAUAACUUCCACGCACUAUGCUACGCAGCCUGCAAAUAUGAUAUAAAAUGUAGCCAUUCACUGCAAGCAAAGAAUGAAAGUUUGCUACAAUGUAUCACUGUGGAUGAAAACUUAGGAGUCCAGGAGGAUGGUGACUCUUUUGCACACGCUGUUCUUGGCAGCCGUAUUUAGUAGGGAAAAACGUAGGUAGGCAGGGAGCGGCACGCCCACGGAUUAUACUCGGCUACGUCUCUACGGGUCAUUCAGUGUAUCUCAUCCAGCCAGAGGAUCGCAGCGUCACAGUGUGUCAGUCAUAUGUUUAUAGUUGCAUUAUCGGCUGCCGUGUAAAGGGCGACUUCCUCAUUAGAGAUUUCCUGUGGUCGAUCACACGGCACGCACCUGCUAUAUCACUAGUCUGACAGUCUCUGAUGGGGAUUGACAUACUAACAGAACUAUAUUAGCGUCUCCAGAAGAUGAGAAGGGCCCAAGUCUGGAAGGUUCUGUCUGUAGUUUUCUUUGGCCUCUGCGUCACCGUUCUGAUCACCCGAGGACCGGCUAAUGUCGAGUGCCCAGACCUGUCUGAUCCCUAUCUACAGACACGGGAAGUAAAGAACCAUCGCUUGUUCGACGUGAACCGAGACGCUCUACAAAGUCUUGAGAUCCCCUAUAAGUAUCUGCUGGGUUCUCCUCCGUCUGGACCAAAACGAUUCCUGUCCAUUGGUAUAUCUUCUGUGAAGAGAAAUAAGGAGAGUUAUCUGCUGACCACCAUCCAGUCGAUCUUCGGUCACUGCAGUCAGAAUGAGCUGGAUGAGUUGGUGGUGGUCAUCUACCUGGCUAAUGCCAGACAUACCGAUAACCGGGACACCGCAGAGAAGAUCAAACAUCACUUCCCUGAAGAGAUUGCUGCGGGUCAUCUGAUUGUCAUCAGCAGCUAUAUCAAUGGCUACCCACUCCUGGACGGGUUAAGGAGGAAUUACAAUGACUCCCCCGAUAGAGUGCGGUUCCGCUCUAAACAGAACGUGGACUACGCCUUCCUGGUCAACUUCUGCGCCAAUCUGUCUCAUUAUUACCUUAUGUUAGAGGAUGACGUAACUUGUUCUGUGAACUUCCUGACGUCCAUUAGGAAAUACAUCAAUGAGUACACCGCUCCUUGGACUACGAUAACCUUUUCUAACUUGGGAUACAUUGGAAAACUCUACCACAGCGAGGAUCUUCCAAAACUGUCGCGUUUCUUGCUCCUCUUCUACGACGAGAUGCCGUGUGACUGGCUCCUAGACCUGUUCUACAGAUCCAAAGCUCAGGCCGAUAUUAUCCGAUACAAACCAUCACUCUUCCAACAUAUAGGACAAUAUUCCUCAUUCCAGGGCAAUGCCAAUAGGUUGAAAGACAAAGAUUUUGUUGAAGUUUUAAUACCAUACGGAGACCAACCGGUGGCCUCUUGCUUUACGGAUAUUAAGGCGUAUAAUGACAACACUCCGGAUAAUGUUUGUAUCCCGGGUCCCAGCUUCUUUUGGGGAAUGGAAAUUGAUUCCGGCAACAAUUUUACAAUGGUUUUCCAAACACCGACUAAUAUUAAAAAAAUCAGCAUCAUUACCGGGACACCAGAACACCCCCGGGACAUCCUGCAAUCGGGUAUCGUACAGGUGGGAAGAGAAAAAGAUCUGAAAAAAGAAACCUGCAAAAUAUUUAGAAAAAUUGGCGAGUUUGGAAAUGGAACAUUUUUACUUGAUAAUAUAGACCACGCAACAGGGGGAUUGGUAGAUUGCCUUAAAAUUCAGGUUUCUGCACCCCAGGCGAACUGGCUUAUAAUACAAAAAAUAGGUAUUUGGGUCAGGAAGGAGAAGAUACAUAAUGACACUUUGUCUCAUGUUGUUUUGGCCUCCAGGUAGGUCCAUCUGAAGACCGCCAUCGAUCUCUUUUAUAUUGUUCCUUUCAUGAAGCUCCUGUAUUAUUUCAGCAGCGGUCAUAUGAUUACACACACAGCGCCACAGUCAGAUUCUAGACAUAAGUAAAUGGCGAGCAUUCACAUUGCAUUUCAAACAAAUCCACUAUUAUUCAUAAUAAAUCAUAGGAUAAAUCAUUUUCUUCUCUUGACUAUGACUGGACUGAAAGGGCAUGUCUGUCCCUGCUGUUUGAUGCCAAAAAGGUGCAUUGUAAAUAAAAUGUAAAUAAUAAUUUUUAAUAAAUAUUCUGUCAUUCCCAUCAUGCCUGCACCAAUGUAAUAUUCUGUUAGGAACUUUCAUAUGUGCUCAAUGGUGCCUCAUGCUGAGUAAUAUACAGUGUAUACGUGGCCUAUGGGACUGGAGAAGAGGAAGGAACAACUGCUCUAAGAAAAGUUCUGCCAGAAUAAAAACCUGUUUAUCCACUGUCCAGUAAAACACAUGUAGAUAUCCCGAUUAAUAAAUGACAAAGAGACAGUGCAGCUAAAUCAACCAUCUACUCCGAGGUUAACUGGUAGGUCUGAAAAACCCCAAAAGACCCAGAAAUCAACAGGA